CCCUUGUCGUAGAAAUAUUGGGCAAUAGAAACUACAGCGACUGUGGGGGCGAGGGACGGACCAACAUGGACGAUGAAUCAGAUUCUUCCAUGGAAACUUCUCAUUGCACGCAUAUUCCGAUCGACGUAGACGACGAUUCUCCUGAGUUCACUUUAGCUGAGAUUCUGGAAAUGGAUAGCAUGUAUAAGGAAAUGAAAGGAAAACCAAUUACACAAGUGUUUUGCGAAGGGAUCGCCGCCAAGUUUAGUGUUUCGAGUCAUCGUUUGGGAAAGACUCGUAUAACUUGGGAAAAGGUAGAGAGGUGGUUCAAAGAUAAACAAACAAUGUCGGUGGCUAAAAAAAUCGUUCCAUCUUCUUCUGGCAGUGGAGCUACUUGUUCUAAGACGGCCAUGAUUAAAACCAGAACUAAAGCCGCAACCAUCUCCGCCAGUGAAGCAGCUGAAUUGCUACCCAACUUGAUUUUUGAAGCUAGAUCAGCAAAGGAUUGCGCUUGGUUCGAUGUUGCUGCUUUUCUGAACUACAAAGUCCUCUGUUCCGGUGAAGUGUUUGUUCGGGUGAGAUUUGCUGGCUUCGGCAAAGAAGAAGAUGAAUGGGUGAGCCUUAAGGAUGCAGUACGGGAACGCUCGAUUCCUCUAGAACAUUCUGAAUGCGAGAGAGUUAACGUCGGAGAUCUCAUUCUUUGCUACAAGGAAAACGAGGAUCAUGCACUCUACUGCGACGCCCGAGUUUUGGAUGUCGAACGAAAACCACACAACGGAAAUAACUGCGCCUGCAUGUUUCUCGUUCGAUACGACUUCACCGAUAUCGAGGAAAAGGUUCCGAUCGGAAAAGUGUGCUGCAGACCGUCAAAGUCGUUUCCCAUCAAGAUCGAGGAUGGUGAAGAACUCGGAUCGGAUCCUGAUGAAUUGCCGACGGUGGCGGCUGUAAAAUCCGAGGACGAGAGCCCAGCCGAAUCGGAGGAUUCCGACUGAUAAGGUUGUGUAGUAGCCGUUAAGGUGAGAAAAAAGUGUAUUUUGUAAGCUCUGUAAAAUGAAAUCCUUACAUCAUUUUGAGAAGUUUAGUGUAUUGGUGUUUGAAAGGGUUGUGGAAACCUUCUAGAAGGUUCUUGUUAUAGUGUUUUUUCGACUCUUUUUGGGUACAUAUAAUACAAAUGCAAUGCAUAAAC